AUGGCUUUUAAAGAUACCAGAAAGACAUCCAUGGAGCCAGAGGUGGCAAUUCACCAAAUAAGAUUUACUCUAACCAGCCGCAGUAUAAAGUCUUUGGAGAAGGUGUGUGCUGACUUGAUCAGAGGCACAAAAGAAAAGGAUCUCAAAGUGACAGGACCAGUUCGGAUGCCUGCCAGGACUCUGAGAAUCACUACAAGAAAAACUCCCUGUGGGGAGGGUUCUAAGACUUGGGAUCCAUUUCAGAUGAGGAUUCACAAGAGACUCAUUGACUUGCACAGCCCUUCUGAGAUUGUUGAGCAGGUUACAUCCAUCAGUAUUGAGCCAGGUGUGGAGGUUGAAGUCACCAUUGCAGAUACUUAAGUCAACGUUUUUAAUAAAUUGACUAUCAGUUGUUUAAAGGAAGAAUCAUUUAGUCAGUCAUUUGAAUCUUACUCAUAAGAGUAUUAUCACAGAGAAUAUAUUCACUGGGUACA